UAAUCACGAAGGAUACAAAUUAAAUCGUUCAUAAAAAAAAAGAAAAGGAAAGAGAAACAUCUAAUUCUAAUCAUUAAUCCAGUAAUAAGUAUUAUUCUGUCACUUCAAAAUCAAAUAUAAUUACUCUUUCUUAGUACACAAUCGCUUCUAUAUCUCUAAGGGUUGCUAAAGAGAGAGAAAGAGAAAAGAUUAAUGGGGUAGCACAUUGAUCAGUGUAUUAGACACGCUAACAUAAAAGAAGAAUACUCGAUAAUUGGUUGAAAGUCAUGAUUGUUGUUGUCAUUGUCGUCGUCAUCGUCAUCGUAAAAGUCGUACUACUCCACUCCAUUCAAUGGUGCGACACCGUCUCUCGGUUUACGUUGGAACCUUUUUAAAAUUAAAGUGGGGAUCCAGGUUUGAAAAAGCUGAACUAAACGCCGGUCCUGUUAGUCGUCCCGUUAAUGUCUUCGAGACCACGCGCCUAAACGAAAACUCUUAUACAGUCUACGGACUUUUCAUUUUAUUCUCGGAAAACACGAUGACGUGCCGGAGCGCGCUGAUCACCGCGUUUACCAUCGGAAUUCUUCUCCUGGCGACUAGAACGGAUUACUCGGAAGCCUGCAACGAAGCGAUCUGUGCAAGCGUCGUUAGUAAGUGCAUGCUCACUCAAAGUUGUAAAUGCGACCUCGUCACCUGUACCUGCUGCAAAGAGUGUUUCUCAUGUCUCAGCUACCUCUACGACGAGUGUUGCUCUUGCGUCGAUCUUUGCCCAAAGCCGAACAUCACGGACAACCCGUUAAGCAAAAAAUCCCACGUGGAAGAUUUCAGCGAACCGGUACCUGGUCUCUUCCAAGCUCUUACAGCAGAACCGGAUCCGCACGAACGUUGGCUCACCUUUACCUAUCCGGUGGAUUUUGAUAUGUCCUUGUUCGCGCCGAAGCAAGAAAAAGAAAUCAAAUAUCACAUGCAAACCGCGGAGGAAGAGAUGCAUCCUUUGAAGCCAAACGUGAUGACGGUGAACUGUACUGUGGCGUUCAUGGCACAGUGUAACUCUUGGAACAAGUGUCGAGCUUCCUGUCAGAGUAUGGGUGCAACCAGCUAUAGGUGGUUCCACGAUGGCUGCUGCGAGUGUAUUGGCGACACGUGCAUCAAUUACGGGAUCAAUGAAUCCAGGUGUAUUCACUGUCCAAUGGAUAAAGAGGAGGAUGACCUGAAGGAUCAAUACGAUGAUUUUGGUCAGGACGAAGAUGAAUUAACGGAGGAUGAGAUCGAUUAGAUGACGAAGGGAAAAUUGAAAAAAAGGUCGUACGAACUAAGCGAAAUAUUCGCGUAAAGUGCAAUUUCAACAAAAUCCAUCAUUGUUUUCCCAAUGUGAGAUGAUCUAAUCAACGAUAGACAAAAUUUACAAGUUGAUCCGUAACGGAGAGGAACUUUGUUGUUGUUGUUGUUGUUGUUUCUUUUUUCUUCAAUUUUUUUUUCUUUUUCUUCUCUUUUCUUUUCUUUUUUUUUUUUUUUUUUUUAACGGUGCAAUUAUAACAAAAAGGGCUUGUUAUAUAAGGAACACCGGAUAGAGAAUAUUUAUCCUCUAGUGUGAUCCUCUUAGCGUUUAAGAAUUUUAAAAGGACUAUCGGUUUCUUUAGAAGGGAAAAAAAUUUUUAAGGAAUAUUUAAUGAAUAUUUAAGUCAAUGCAUCGUCCAGAACUUAAAGUUCCUUUUGGAAAAACGAAUUCGACAAAAGUCGAAUUGGAUCGGUGGAAUAGGCAACACAAAGAAAUGUCUGUUCGAUAAGGAAAUAUUUUAGAGGUUCGACUCGUCUCUGUACAUGACUGCAGCGGCAUAUCGAAAAGAAUCACUUAAUUCGUUUGAAACGACCUCCUUUUCUCGGGAAUAUCUAUUUAAUUUACCGACUUAUCGAAUCGUAUGUUUUAUCAAUUAUACUGUGCCAUACGAAUAAAAUUGUAAAUACGUCAAAUAUACUAUUCGGCUAAUUUAUCUAUCUA